GAAGUAUGCUCCAAAAUGUUUCCUACCUUUGAACUUGUUGACUGAAGUGUCACCACUAGCAUUUCCUCAUGCCCAGCUGUCAAGAACUCUGCUCUCAUUUAUACCCUGAAAGAGUGAUAAUCAGUCAGCUUGCACACGGCUAAAGCUGUUCUUGCAGAACAGAGACCAGGAAGAAGACAGCAAAGUGUAACUGGAAAAAUCCAAACAGUUUCUCUUGGUAAACUAAGUUUUAAGACAAAGCAGUCAGAUGGAUACAUUGGAUUUACAAACAGAGGAGGUUGUUAAGCGGAGUACCCUUCAGAAAUACAAAAUUCUCUGCGUUGUUCUUCUUGUUUCUUUGGUGAUCGUUACUUUUGGUCUUGGCUUAGGACUUGGACUGAGGAAAACAGUACAGCAGCAAGUGAGCUGCAGAUACAGAUGCAAUGAGACGUUCAGUAUAGCGACCAGUGGCUGUAGUUGUGAUGACAGAUGUACAGAACGUCAAGCCUGCUGCUGGGAUUAUGAGGAGACUUGUGUUUUGCCAACACAGAGUUGGUCGUGCUCUAAAUCACGCUGCAGGGAGACACGGGUGGCCCGAAGCUUCUGCUCCUGCUCGGAAGACUGCUUGGAGAAAAAAGAUUGCUGUGUGGACUAUAAAAGCGUUUGCGAAGGAGAAACUCCCUGGGUGAAAGAUACAUGUGCCUCCAUUGACACUGCUCAGUGCCCAGCAGGGUUUGAUCGGUCACCACUUAUUCUUUUUUCAAUGGAUGGCUUCAGGGCAGAAUACUUGGAAACAUGGAGUGCUUUGCUGCCGAAUCUUGAAAAGCUCAAAAAAUGUGGAACAUAUUCAAAAUACAUGAGAGCUGCCUAUCCAACCAAAACCUUUACAAACCACUAUACUAUAGUAACGGGUUUGUAUGCAGAAUCCCAUGGCAUCAUUGACAAUAGUAUGUAUGAUGUCCAUUUAAACCAAUUCUUUUCACUUUCUGGGAGUGCCAAGUCAAAUCCGGCCUGGUGGAGUGGACAGCCUAUUUGGCAUACAGCCAUGUAUCAAGGUUUGAAAGCUGGUACCUACUUUUGGCCUGGGUCUGAUGUAAAAAUAAAUGGAUCUUUCCCUAACAUAUAUAAGAUGUUCAACAAAUCAAUUGUAUAUGAAGCAAGGGUAUCAGAACUGUUGACAUGGCUGGAUCUUCCCAAAUCUGAGAGGCCAGAUUUCUAUACCUUGUAUAUUGAGGAACCUGACACCUCUGGGCACACGUUUGGACCACUUAGUGGUGGAACAAUUAAGGCUUUACAGUUGGCGGACCGGACUCUAGGAAUGUUAAUGGAAGGCCUGAAACAAAGAAACCUACACAACUGUGUUAACAUCAUAGUUCUGGCUGAUCACGGCAUGGAUAAGACAUUCUGCAAACAGAUGGAAUAUAUGACAGAUUAUUUUGACACAAUUAAUUUUUAUAUGUAUGAAGGACCAGCACCUCGUAUCAGAGCAAGAAAUGUUCCAAAGGACUUCUAUACAUUUGAUUCAGAAGGAAUUGUUCAUAACCUUACAUGCCGAAAGUCAGAUCAGCACUUCAAGCCAUACUUGACUCGAGACUUACCGAAGCGAUUGCAUUAUGUUAACAACAUCCGUAUUGACAAAGUUCAUCUUAUGGUGGAUCGGCAGUGGUUAGCUGUGAGGAAUAGAAAUUAUACAUUUUGUGGUGGUGGAAACCAUGGAUAUGACAAUGAAUUUAAAAGUAUGGAGGCCAUCUUUGUAGCACAUGGGCCAGGAUUUAAGGAAGCAACUGAGGUGGAGCCUUUUGAAAACAUUGAAGUUUACAAUUUAAUGUGUGAUUUGUUGAAGAUUGAACCAGCACCAAACAAUGGGACACACGGUAGCCUGAACCACCUUCUAAAAGUUCCUUUCUACAACCCUUCACGUGAAAAAGAGGUAUCCUUUCCACUUGAAUGCCAAUUUGCUUCUUCUUCAUCUCCAGAUACUUCAGGCUGUGCUUGUACCUCAAUAGCAGAUUUAGAAGCAGUGAAUCAAAGAUUAAACCUUAGUGAUGCAGCAAAAGGGAAGUCGGAAGCUUAUAACUUGCCUUAUGGGAGACCCCAUGUUCUACAGAAUCAGAGCACCUAUUGCCUCCUUUAUCAGAAUCAGUAUGUGAGUGGAUACAGCCAAGACAUUUUGAUGCCACUAUGGAGUUCAUAUACAGUCAGUAAAACACUGGGAGAUGCACCUUCUCCUCCUCCUCCUCCUCCCACUGCUCCAGACUGUCUGCGGCCUGAUGUCCGAAUCCCUGCCUUUCAGAGCCAAAACUGCUCCGACUACCAGCCAAACCUGAACAUCACCCACGGUUUCCUCUUCCCUCCCAACCUCAAUUCAUCUGAGCUUGAACAAUAUGAUGCUUUACUCACCAGCAACAUUGUUCCCAUGUACAAAGAAUUCAAAAGAAUAUGGGAUUACUUCCACAAUACACUGCUUCUACAAUAUGCAACAGAGAGGAAUGGAAUAAAUGUGAUCUGUGGGCCUAUUUUUGAUUACGAUUCUGAUGGACAUUUUGAUUCUUUUGAUACCAUUGCACAGCACGCAACCAGCAUUCCUAUGCAGAUUCCUAUCCCAACCCAUUACUUCAUUGUGCUGACUAGCUGUGAGGAUCUCUCUGAGACACCACUGACCUGUUCAGGCUCAUUGAAGGUUCUGUCUUUUAUCCUUCCUCAUCGUCCUGACAACUCGGAGAGCUGUGCAGAAAAUAAGCCAGAGAUACUGUGGGUAGAGAAGAGAAUGCAAGCACAUGCAGCCCGUGUCCGUGAUGUGGAGCUUCUGACGGGUCUGGAUUUUUAUCAGCAGAGAAGCCAGCCUCUCCCUGAAAUUCUGCAACUGAAAACAUUUCUGCCAACAUUUGAAACACUGAUUUACUGAAGGACUCUGAGUGUGUGUAAUUUAUUAGCAAAACAACAUGUAAGAGGUUGCCAUUUGGGUAGCACCUAGUGUCACAAUCAUAAAAGACUAUGCCAAGCCAAAUCAAAAUUUAUCGGGGUCACAUUGGCCCAUUCAGAUCUAAACAAUAAAACUUGGACAGAUAGAAACAGUAAGAGUGAAAACAGAAGUACAAUAUAUCUAAUUUAGAUGAUACAAUUAAUUCUAAUACAACAAAAUAAAAGAUGGAGAUAAAUUAUUGUUUGGCAAAUUACAUAUAGAAGAUUGUCUGACAAACGGGAUUACAGUUUCUUAUCUGAGUGUCCUGACAAAUUGAUCAGAAGACAUUGAACACCAUUCCUUCUUUUCCUCCAUAAUGCUACAAAAGUGUGUGCUUGUCUACCCACAUGUGUACAUCCAUGGAAGAUAUGGUUGGAAAACUUCAGAGAAUUACAAAUGGAAAAUGUUGACAUCUGGACUGUCUGCAAAAUUCAGUGGGUGAGGAAGGAUGCUUGGACAAUAAAAGAUUUCCAUCCUUGUUACCUCAGAUAAAUCUGUUGGGAGCAUAAAUUCAUGACAGGGUUUGUUUACUGGGAAAUUAAAACAUGUACAGGAAAAAAAUUAUUCACUCAGGUUCCAUGUUCUUCAUUUUUCCUGUAGUUUAUCUCUCUCUUUCAUCCCACCCUCACUCUGUUUUCAUAAAUCAGGGACUUCAAACUACAAGAAACUAUGGUGUUCCACAUCAGCAUAUAAAUCGGUAUAAUGGUUGUAAAGAGUAUUGUACAAUUUGAAAAACAUAUUGGGUAAUCAAAGCAGCUGGAAUUAUGAAGAAUAGUAAAGUGUGAUUUUUACAGUGCAUGGUGGUGUUAUUAGUGGUGAUGUUUGUUAAAUUAGUAGGAGUAUUGGCUUCAAUCCUAAAUCACCUUUGUUAUUGCCAGCUCUUUUGUUCUGUGAAUAUCCUCUCAGAAAUCUGUCUUGUAAUAUGAUUUAAUUUCAAAGCAA